AUGCAUAAGAAGGAGACACGAACGAGAAAGAGAGAAGUGUAAAAAUAGAAAUAGUCUUCCGGCGUUUUCCAGUAUGUUGCAUGUAUUAUACAUAUAUAAGGCUAUAUGUUGCAUAUGGCUCCCGAUAGACACCGUCGGCGCCCUGUGUCGAUCUUCGGUCUCAUCUUUGACACGCACACAGUCUCACGCGUCCGCUGCUGCAUCACACGCAUCUCCAUACCGUGCGCUCUUUUAACAUCUAAAAACCGCGCAUGAGCGACGAAAAGUCACAGAGACGAUUGUGAGGACACCUUCAACCCCGAGUCGUAUGGGGGGCUAAAGCGCAAGCCUCGAAUCGAUCUUCCGCCCCCGCAGCCCCCCGAGCGUCCGCGAAGAACAACCCCCGGCCGACGACUCUGUUGUCGACCCAACAACAGUUCAAAACCGCCCGAGACCCACGGCAAACAUGGCGUUGGAUUUCGCAGCGACGUACAAGGUCCUGGUGCUCGGCGACUCGAACGUCGGCAAAACUUGUAUCGUGCAUCGCUACUGCGACGAACGAUACUACGAUACUUACAUCUCGACGAUAGGUAUUGAUUUCAAACAGAAGAUCAUUAACUUAGAUGGAACGCCAAUUAAAUUACAAAUUUGGGAUACUGCCGGCCAGGAAAGAUUUCGAACUUUAACGACGGCGUAUUAUCGUGGUGCCAUGGGUAUCCUUUUGAUGUACGAUGUCACUAGUUUGGAGAGUUUUAACCAUCUAUCAUAUUGGCUACGGAAUAUUCAAGAAAACGCGUCACCAGACGUGGUAAAAGUUUUGGCGGCGAAUAAAUGCGACGCGACCGCGCAGCGCGCCGUGGACGCCGAGAGAGGCCAAAAGAUCGCCGAAAACUUCGAUAUGCCUUUCUUCGAGGUAUCGUGCAAGGAAAAUAUCAACAUCGAAGAGGCUUUCCUCACUCUAGCCAGAAGAAUACGGGAACAACGAGGCCGCCGGGCCAGCCUGUUCGAGGCUUCCGAGAGAGAAGGCGCGGACAGUAUAAUUAAGGCGCAGUCACCGUCUCAGCAAGGUGAUGCCUGGAGAUGCAGCUGUUAGUUUGAUGGAUCAUCGGAGGUCUAUCCGGACGAUUGGAAGUUUCGACGACAGCCAAGAAUUAAAUCUGGGCACAAGAGUUCUGUUCAUCGUGCACGAGGGGAGAGUCACCCGUUUCUAUAUUUGUACAUACGCAACGCGGUCGUGGUAGAUUGACCCGAACAACGCGAGAAGGUGUUUGCAUACCCGGUGAGGGUGGCCCGGGCAAGUAUUCACGAUAUACCACCACACUAUCCGCAAUAGUCGCAACGGAUAUUCUAGGUAUUAUCUCAUAAAUUCUGCACCCUAUUACGCGCGACAGCCCGAAUAAGAACGUCGUAGCGUAAUGUGGCAGCGAUAGUGCGAAAAACAAAUGUGAUCCGCCGCCGAUUCUGGAUUGUCGUCGUAGCCAUGAUAAACACCGUAGGAAACAUUUGUCGCCUGUGCGAGAUGAUAAACAGCACACAUUAUCCAAAAGAUAUCCCAAAGACGUUCUUAGGACAUACGAACGUCCUAUGGACGUCUCUAGGAGAUCUGUGCUAUAUAUGAGGAGCUUUCGCUCUGGAUAAUUUGUAAAACACACGUACACGCACAUUAUAAUUAAGCCCGAGCUACAUUCGAGAUUAUCGCAAAGUUUAUCUAUGAUAUGCGAUUACACAUCGUAGAUGUCUAUUUAUAGUGAUAUGAGUCACGUUUUGCGCGAAUGUAGAGAUUUGAUAAAACUUUCGCUACGAAGUAAUCGGAAUGCCUGAACGCAUCAUCGAGAGACGCGUCGACAAUUGAUCUGAUUAAUCGUAGGCCGGUUUCACGAACAUCGGUUAACUUUUUCGAGUAAACCGAUGAUUAUUGUUCCGCGCGAGUAAAGAUAUUUAGCAGAUUAGCCAGAGGAAAGGAGGGGGGGGAGGAGGAAAGAUUUACAGCUGAGAAAGUUACGCGACAAAGAUUCCACGAAAGACUCGCGAGACGUGUAUUUGUCUACGAGCAAUUUUCAGAGAAUCUUGUCCAUGUUAGACUUUCGCGGAUCAAAUGCGUUUAUCGGGUAUCAUAAGCAGUUUAAGAAUGUUCAAUUAGAUUCGCUUGGUAAGGCCUAACUAAAAGAAAUCAUCUCGAUGCUAUUAAGGCGACAUACUUUCGCAGUAUAAUCGACGUAUUUACUAUUCUAGUAAGUCUACGUGAAAAAGACAUCAUCAAGCGCAUUGUGAUUACCGUCUAAAAAAAAAAAAAAAUGAUACUACUAUAUAAGACUUGCUAUUAGUACCGAUGUCUCUCAACGAGGACCAGAGUUCUUCCCUCAGAGAAGAGCUUGCGCGAUUAUUCGUCGGGAUCAUUUGAUGCACAGAUGCCAAAGUUUGCGUAAAACGUUUCUUUGAUAUCGAGUGAGCGAAUAAUUUUUUAAUAAACAUGUAAUUUUUGAAUUUAAAAGAAUUUAAGAAAAAUUAAAUGUAGAUAAUAAAAAAUUUAAUUCCGGUUUAAUUUUAAAACUACAAAAACACUUUAUGCUAGAAAUGACAAACUUAAGUAAGAACGACGACAGUUAAAGAAACGCUUGAGGAAACAUUCUGGAGUAAAAAGUUCCGCUUAACCAAAUAUACCAAAGAGACCGCGAUUUACUGCACUACCGCACGCGAGACUUUCUUUAAAAGAGAUAAUAUUGACUGUUUCAAUAUACAUUGAUGUCAAAUAAAAACUUUCCUUCUGCCUCGAGAAAGUGGUGUAGCGUAAGACUAGCAAAUUUGUAUUUAAGAAAGAACCUCUGAUAUGUGUUCAUUAAAAAAAAGAGAUGUUUUUAGAGUCUGAAGUAAAAUUUCGAAAUGAGGCCGAAUCCAUACAAGCGAGCACUUGACAUCUGUAUAUCAAACCUUUUAUAUCGGUGCACACACGUGAUAAUCCACGCUUAAUUAAUGCGCUUUGAUAAUCGUGAUGAAACAUUUUCGAUAAUCCGUGUUAUAUUUGACGAACGAAACGUUUCGCAAUAAUUACAAUACAUUCCACUGCAGAAUGUCACAGCACCAAUCUUGUUUCGCAUUACAAAAAUAAAGCACUUAUAGUUUGUUCGAAAAUGGGUUUUGUUAUUACUAGUAAAAAUAAUGCAGUUGGCAGAAGUGAAAAUUACUGGCGUUCCGUUUUGUUUCUUUCACCAGUAAAAUCAAUAGACGAAAGGAAAUCCGAAAAUCUUCCUAAAAGUUGUUGAUCAAGAGACGGUAGUCUCGCGCAGCAAGAGAGACUCCGCAUUACGUGCACGCGGUCUCUGUUAAAUGCUCUACUUGGGUUGUUGACCGCGCACAGCCCCGUGAGAUAGGCAGCACGCCGCAGGCCGUCUGGGCCAGCCUCCCCACUCUUCUCAGUCGCUGAGUCAUUCAACUUGCUACGCCUCGCACGUGCACCCGUUGGUCACGCGCGCCUCGGGCAAGUUGAAUGACCGGGCGACUGAGGAGAGUGGGGAGGCUGGCCCAGACGGCACGCGGCGUGCGCGGUCAACAACCUGAGUGGGGCAUUUAACAAAGACGGCGUGCUGGUGCGAAGUAUGUCUUGCUGCGCGAGACUACCUUUUCUUAAUAAACGACUUUUAGGGAGAUCUUUUUGCAUCGCAUCGCACUAGAAACUCUUGUAAUUUAUUUAUGUUGGAUAAUUAAAAAAUUAAAAGUUAAACAAUAAUAACUUUUAACUUAACUUAAGUUAAUUUUACAAUGAUUUAAUUUUUAAAUUUAACUAGUUAUUUUUGAAACACAUGAACUUUAAUUUAUUAACUUUUUAAGUUAAAAAUUUCUGCAAUUUACUACAAGUUUGCGGUAACGUUGAAAUGUUCACAAUUUUAAAUCAUCUACUGAUUUUACUGGUAAAAGAAACAAAACGGAACGCCAGUAAUUUUCACUUCUGCCAACUGCAUUAUUUUUAUUAGUAAUAACAAAACUUAUUUUCGAACAAAAGGUUAGUUGUACGAAAAAAGAAGAAUAAUAGUGUCCUUACAUUUUUCACGGGCCAUAUUUGCAAUUGGAGGAAGAUUUAAAAGCCGCAAGAAAUGUUAGCUGCCAUGUAACGUACUGCAAUACGUGCACAUUUAACGCAUAGUGUAAAUUAUUCGAUUGAUCUUAACCCUCCAUUGGCAAUAAUAUUUUUACUUAUUCUAUACGUAAUCUGGAUCUUUUUCGUUCAAUUCCAAAUUUUUGUUGUUUUAGGUUUUCAAAAAAUCUAGAAAAAUUUAGGAUACUUUUUAACAGCGUUGCUACAUAAUUGAAUAGUUGCUUAACUGAAAUGUUGAAACUCUUAUUUUAAAAAAUUGAAAUUUCAGUAGUAAAAUUGCGCUUGUGCCAAAAAAAUCCAGAUUAUCUACAAAGGAUUAAAUUAUACAAAUUAAUCUUCCUAAGUUUUGAGAGAGUUUUCUUAAAUAAACAUAUAAAAUCGAGCUUCUCGGUUUUUACAUAGACUUCAAUGAGUUUACUCGCAAGGCAAAUUUAUUAGUUGCGUCACAGUAAAUGGGAUUGGAAAAUAAAUCAGAUUAGAAUUUUUUGAAUAUGAAAUACAAUAACUGAAAAGAUGUAUAUGAUCUAUAAAUUAUAAUUAACCUUAUUAUAUUAUAUUGAUUAUUUCAAUGCGCAACAGGAAGAAAGUUUAUUAUAAAAAUUUAUUCUUUGAGGUUUAAUAGAACUUCCAAUCCUAUUCACAAAUUGGUUUCAUGUUACAAGAAAUAUUUUUUUAUACAGUUUAAAAAAUUGUUUGUAUUUAUUAUGUUGUGAGUUAUUAACUCAAUACAAUUAACAAAACGUAGAAUUGUCGGCCUUUUUAUAAAAUCACUUUUAUCUUUUGUACUUCUCGUUUAUGCUGGCAGAAACAUAAAAGCCUUUAUUGUGCCUAUUAUAAGAAAGAAAAUAAAGUCGAAAGGAAGAUAGAUAAGAGAUACGUUGCACGAGAUAUCGCUUUAUGAUUGAUCGGAAGAAAACUAUCAGAAGAAAGUAACGCGGUGACGGUUAAUGCCCGAUUAAAGCUGCAAUUGUAUGUAUAAUCUCGUUUCAUUUAAUAUCUCUGAGGACAUUACCUUUGGGAUUAUGCGAGAGAAAAUCGACAGAUACUUGCAAUAUAUUAUAUUAUUACUUUCUCAUUCAUAAGUAUAUCUUAAAAACUACCGAGUCUCUCGUCAUCUGGCGAAUCGAGAAACGAUUUUCACCGUUGCGGUUUCUGAUUUAUAUACACAACAAUCAUAAUUCCGCUUGAGGCUGCAUUUACGUGCAGUUCGGACUGCAUUGCGAACGGCAAUCUUGUAAACUCUUACAAUCUCCUGGCGGUGCGAUAUCGAGGGCGCCCGCGAAACUUUGCGAAGAAUCAACCCAGUUCGCGCUUUUUCGCACGCUUGCACGCGCGAUUACGGGCUACAUCGCGACAGAGCCGAGUCCGAAGAGCGCAUGCACUUCUCAGACGAGAAGCGCUCUAUAUCCGUCGCGAUCGAUCAUACAUUGUAGCGACGAUGCCGACGAAAUGAGAUCACUUCGCGAAUCGCGCACGUUAACGCGAUCGUCAACGUAUUUGUUUUUUUUUUCAGCCGCAAUUCUAAACGUAACAGUUUUACGGAAUAGGCUUUGUACCAUUUGUGCAAAACAACAUUAUAUACAUAUAUAUAUAUAUAAUUAUACAUAUAUGUAUUAUAUAUAUACACACAUGAUAUGACGGUAUAUAUUUGUUGCUUUUAUAUAUUUAUAAAUCGCGGCGUAUUUGUAUAAAAAGAAAGGAACACCAUGGAAUUCGAUUGUUUCGCCCGCUAAGCAACCUUCAUGUGCCCUUUAAUUAGCAAUCAAGAUUUCCCAAACUUAAAAUGCGGACGUGGGCUAAACGUUUUCGAUGUGUAUUUUCUUAAAAUACAGCGACAUGCCAAAACAACGAAAUUAAUGUACUACGUCCAUUAAUAAGAUUUCGUUCAAAUUGUUUUUAAGUGACUGACUGUCGCAGAUAUCUCAAAAUUAAUAUGUUAGAAAAAAAUUUAACGAUUUCUCUUAAUUUAGUCAUACAAAUUUGAAUAAAGCGAAUGUCUGUAUCGCUGUCCGAGGACCAGUGUAUAUAUUUCACAAGUUUGGGAAAUCUUGGAUUAACGGAGAUAAGAUGUGAUUAGAGAAACCAGGUCAAAUAUGCUCUAUUCUUGUUAAUUCUUCUUUAGAUGCGCGCGUGAUUUGUCUAUCAUUAAUUUUCGUUCUACGGACUGUUUGUAGCAAGGUGAGCAAACAUCUGUAGAAUUUAACAUUGUUCUUUUGGAAAGUGAAUUUCUCUAGUCAAAAAGAGACGGCGCGAAGAGUCAAGAGGUGUAAUAGAGACUUUUCAUAAAUGCGGUGACAUAAAAUCGGCAUUCGAAUGUAGAAUUUUCAUUUGAAAUGUUCGAAUGUUUGUUUUUCGCGUGAAAUGUGACGAAAAGGAAUCGAUUUAAAGAAUGACGUCGCCCACAUGGACGUGUACGAAUUUCUUUUGAGAGACGCAGGAUCGUUUGCCUUCAUCUAAGUGCUUAAUCUCUCGUCCGAUGCUGGUCUUCGGCUGAAGAGGAGGGCUCUCUCUUGGAGAAUUUUUUACAUUUGUUAAUUGAAGCCUGUUACGCAUGUGCGCGCGUACGCAGCGCCGUAACUAGCGUUUCUUUCACUUAUCGCGAAUUCAACGGCGUUUUAUCAUUCCGCAGCCUUGUCCUUGAGAUUCCGCGAAAAAUAUGCGUGACGGAAUCACGGAAUCACGUUCGAAUCGGAAUCCUUUCACCUUGUACUCGCACAGAUUGCGAUCUUUGUAGCAUUAGAUUUGUACUUGAUAUCGCCAAUUUCAUAAGAUCUUUAUGAACUUAUAAAAUUUAGUUUUGCGUGGAUUUGGAUUCUAGAAUAGAUUAUGCAAAAUCAAAUAUCUUCAAUUCCAUUUUGCAUUCUAGUUACGGCUCUGCAAAUUCAACUAGUUCUCGAUUUUCAACGACUUUUGCGAUUUUUAACGAUGCGAUGAAAGUUUUUCGAUAGGUAUCAGCUGUGUUUUUAUAAUGAUAGGUAUCAGCUGUGUUUCUAUGACGACUCUUGUUAAGAUAGAUAAAAAUGAGAUAAAGUGGAUGAUCGGGCAAACAGUUUCGGCUGCCAAUUUUCUUUCGUCAAAUCAAGCCGAUAUUUUAUAAAAUUUUUUUUUUUAACAUUUCCCGAAUCGAUGCUCGAAGUUAAUUAAGAGUUUUCAGUUUGUUUUAUGCCAUUAUUGUUCUUAGAUUUUAUAAAGCGAGAAAACUGCCUGACAAGAUAAGUAUGUUCAGCAAACAAGGCCCGAUCACCAAGGGAAUAAAUGCGGGAAUGUUAAACAUACAAUAGCUUUUACGACGUUUCGUUUAUCACCUCACACCAAGAAUGGUUAUCAUGUUAUUACAUAAUUUAAUUCGACCUUCGCAAUCGAUUAUCUAAAUGUAUAAGUGUAUAAGAGAAGUUUUUAAGUUUGUAGAAAAACAAUUUGUUCAACUCGAUGUCUGAAUUAAUAAUAAAUAAAAAUACACACUUUUUACCUAUGA